GAUCAAAAGAAAUUUUACACAAUGUCUGUGGCAAAUUUCCUGGCAGUCAACUUAUUGCUAUUAUGGGUCCAUCCGGUGCUGGCAAAUCCACGCUCUUAGAUGCCUUAUCCGGUUUCAAAACAACUGGUGUUGUUGGUUCCAUAUUUGUAAAUGGCAGAAGAAGAGAUUUAGAAACAUUUAGGCGGAUGUCUUGUUAUAUAACACAAGAUGAUCGUCUACAGCCAUUAUUGACAGUUAACGAGAAUAUGCAUAUCGCUGCUGAUUUAAAAUUGGGUCCUAAUGUGUCAUAUGAGGAGAAAGAGGGUAGAAUAGAAGAUAUCUUAUUACUACUGGGUCUAUAUGAACAUGAUCGCACCAUGACAAAACGUCUCUCCGGUGGUCAAAAAAAGAGGCUAUCAAUUGCAAUGGAACUUAUAAAUAAUCCAACUGUGAUGUUCUUAGACGAACCAACAACUGGAUUAGAUAGCAGUUCCUGUGCUAAAGUUUUAGAAUUACUUAAAGAACUAGCACAACAAGGCAGAACUAUAAUCUGCACCAUACAUCAGCCUACAGCUAAACUUUUUCAAAUUUUCGAUCAAGUCUAUGUGCUCUCAGCUGGUAAUUGCGUUUACCAGGGUAGUACACGCAAAUUAGUACCAUUCCUGCAAACUGUCGACCUAUCUUGCCCUAUGUACCACAACCCAGCAGAUUACAUUAUAGAAUUAGCCUGCGGUGAGUAUGGAAAUGAUAAAGUUGAGACGCUUAAAAUGGCUGCAGAAAACGGCAGCUGUUGGACUUGGUUUGAGAAUCCUGCCAGCAUAAUGCGUUCCGAAGCUUUAAUACGAAAGUAUCCGAUUCCGCGUAGAUCACGACAUCGCACACUCGAAGACACCAGUUUUGCGAAUCAGUUGAAAGUUCUAUUAGAAAGAGGUUAUAUUAAAUCAAAGCGUGACACUACACUGACACAUAUACGUAUUGCCGUUAACGUUUUUGUGGCAGUUAUGUUGGGAGCACUUUAUGCAAAUUCUGGUAAAGAGGGUUCACGUGUAUUGGAUAAUUAUAAUUUACUCUUUGCGAUCUUGAUGCAUCAUUCUAUGUCAACAAUGAUGUUGACUGUUCUUACUUUUCCAAUGGAGAUGUCAAUUUUGUUGAAAGAACAUUUCAAUCGUUGGUAUUCACUUAAAGCCUACUACACAUCGAUAACUAUACUUGAUCUACCUAUAUCUAUUCUUUGUUGUUUCAUAUUUUCCAUAAUUAUAUAUUUCUGGAGUUAUCAACCAAUGGAACUGUCAAGAUUUAACAUGUUCUUUGCAAUCAGUGUUCUAACAGUAUUCGUUGGCCAAAGUUUCGGUUUAAUUGUUGGUGCAUGGUUCAGUGUUGUUAACGGUACCUUCCUAGCUCCAGUACUUACCAUACCAAUGAUGAUGUUUGCUGGUUUUGGCGUCACACUAAGAGAUUUGCCAAGCUAUCUCAAAUGGGGUAGUCAUAUUUCAUAUUUACGUUAUGGUUUAGAAGGCUUCAUUGGUGCCAUAUACGGAGAAAAUCGUGGAGUAUUAGAUUGUAAUGAAGCUCCAUACUGUCACUACAGAUACCCGAAAAAGUUUCUCGACGAGAUUACAAUGCGUGGCGAUCAAUUUUGGAAAGACUUCUAUGCACUUUGCAUCAUAACCGUUGCUUUCAAAAUACUGGCUUACAUUGUACUAAAAGCAAAGAUUCAGUCCGUUAAAUAGUUAUUAUUUAUGAAUUUAAGAGAGUGCAACGAAAGACAAUUAUUGUUAUGUUAUUUUAAUUUUUAUUUAAUUUUAUUUCUAGUUAUUAAGCAAAAGACACAAAAGACAAAGUAAAUGUUAUUAUAUGUAAAUAUAAAUUAUGUUAUUUUCAGACAAAUAAAUAAAU